GAUGUGACGUAAUAGAUUCGUGGAAGGUUUGUGCUGUUGUGUCAAAACAGAAAAUAUGACCAUGACUAUCUGUAAAAGUUAAGAAAUUAAGUGAAAAGUUCGUGAGUUUUGGUAGUCGGUGUGACGGUCUUGUUUUGGGUGAUAUCUUAGAGCAAGAUCAAUGAUAGCGAGAAGACGCCGUACCAACUCUGGAUCUGAUUCUAAACAACAAAGCGGAAUAUCCACACAAACAAGUCAGACAAUUGUCUCAGAGAUUCCAGUAGAAACAGAAAUGUCUUGUAGAGAUCGAACCAAUGAGUUCCUUUCUGCAGCAAAAUUAUUACAAUCAAGACAGGGAAAUGGAACACUGGCUCACAAGAGAAACCCUGCAUUACGACAAAGGAGUGAAUUUACUCAAAUUGCAAAAAAAAUUGGCCGUGACUUGGCAAACACAUUUGCAAAACUUGAAAAACUCACCAUGUUGGCUAAGAAGAAGUCCCUCUUUGAUGACAAGCCGGUGGAGAUCCAGGAGCUGACGUACAUAAUUAAUCAGGACAUACAGAGUCUGAACAAGCAGAUAGCACAGCUACAACAGGUGGCCAAGUCACACCCCAACGCCAGGCACGUACAGAGUCACUCCAACUCCGUGGUUGUGUCCCUACAGUCAAAACUUGCCACCAUGUCAAAUGAUUUCAAAGAAGUCUUAGAAGUCAGAACAGAGAAUUUAAGGCACCAGAAGACAAGGCGAGAUCAGUUCUCCGAGUCCCCCGCCAUGUCUAACACAACGUACAGCAAUCACAGUUCAGUAUUGUUUCAAGAUGAAAUGAAUUCCCAGGGCGCCACAGGAGGGGGUGACGUUGUCCUCAAUAUGGACGGAAUGGACAAAAAUAGAUUUCAGCAGCAGAUGCAGCUGAUAGAUCAACAGGAUGAUUACAUCCAGGAUAGAGCAGACACCAUGAAGAAUAUAGAGAGUACGAUUGUAGAAUUAGGAGGAAUAUUCACACAGCUAGCACAUAUGGUCAAAGAACAAGAAGAAAUGGUGCACAGAAUUGAUGCCAAUACAGAUGAUGCAGUUAUGAAUGUAGAAGCAGCUCACAGUGAAAUUCUGAAGUACUUUCAGUCAGUGACAUCAAAUCGAUGGCUAAUGAUCAAGAUAUUUGCUGUUCUUAUAUUAUUCUUCAUCAUAUUUGUUGUAUUUAUGGCAUAAACAC